AAAGCUCCGACUUCUUCCGGACGAUAGUGUUAUGUGUGUUUUGUAUUACUUCAAAUAGCAGGGUAGAACUCCUAGCUUUCUAGAUACAGUCUAUUACCUGCAGGGAAAGGAACGUCUUGGACAGAUAGAACCUAGACCCAUAAACCAUGAGUUCAUCAGCUGAUGAAGAAAGAAGUCAUCCCGAGGGUGCGACUGGCAGUUCAUCCCACCCUCACGCCCCACUCUUUAUCCGUGCAUCGGACAGGUAUCCAAGGACACCUAAAUGUGCUCGCUGUCGGAAUCAUGGAGUCGUUUCGGCUCUUAAAGGACAUAAAAGAUACUGUCGUUGGAGAGAUUGUGUUUGUGCCAAAUGUACACUUAUUGCCGAAAGACAGAGAGUGAUGGCUGCUCAGGUGGCCCUAAGAAGGCAGCAAGCCCAAGAGGAGAAUGAGGCCCGUGAGCUUGGACUCCUGUACGGCCCUGGUGGUCUGUUGUCUAUUAAUCGUGAAAAUGUGCACAUCUUUGACUCCGAUGCACCAUCGUAUCCUAACACAACCGGUGGUUCCUCCCCGACCUCUAGAAGCAACUCUUUAGAAACGUCAUCACCCCCUCUGCCAGUUGACGACUCCAAUCACACUCCAGUUGCGAAACGUCAACGGCUCGACCCUGUGGCAACCGACUCCGGCAGUGCAGCAUCCUCGCCGAACCCCGACUCCAGACCAGUGUCACCUGACAUGGCAGACAGACCAAAACUCGCUGGCCGCAGCCCCUCUCCAACUCGCAGCAUCUCGCCAAAAAUGUCUCCAGAACCAGCAAACACUACCAUUGACCACGUGCGCUCUGACUACCUCCCGAAACCCACGGCAGACGAACUUAGUUUUCUUGCACGUGCUGGUGCCGGAAAACGUCCCCCUAUUGAUAUGAUGUGCCGCAUUUUCCCCCAUAUGAAGAGAGGGGUUCUCCAGCUGAUCCUUCAAGGGUGUGGAAACGACAUGGUUCAGGCUAUUGAGCAAGUACUCAAUAAUCAUGGCGAGCAGACGACUUCCGCUCUCAGCCAGACGACACCAACACCGAGCUUGUUUCCUCAGUCCUAUCUCAGCUCCUCACUCACAUCCCCAUCCCUAAAGUCAGCGUUCUCCCCAAUCACAUCCCCUCCCACAGCUCACCUGAACUCUAUCAGAUAUACCUACGGCAGCGGAGGUCGGAGUCUGGCCCUUGCAAUGCCCUAUCCUCCAGUUCUACCGUUAGGACUAGGGUCCACCUAUGGUUACAACGGACUCGCUUCUUCAAACAAGGCAUUUCACUACGCAAUGUACCCGUGCUGUACGAACCCCACAACGCAUAGUGCAGAGAAGACAACGGGAUGUCUCAGCGACUAGACUGUCUCAGAAUUGUGUUGAACUUGUCUCAUUUCCACUCAGUCAUUAUUGGCUGCACAGCUGAAGAUUCAUCUUGAAAAGAUCAUUUGAUAAGUCAUCUUUAUAUCUGAAUGGUUUUAAAGAUAUUUACCAAUAUAUUUGUAGUUUUCUAUUGUAAUGGCACAUUCCGACGAAUUAUUGUAAAAUGCAUUCUGUGACCUACUCAACCCAGUGUAUAUGAUUUAUCUGUGUGCAUCAACUGUUUUAGUUGUUUUCUAAAAAAAGACACACACACCUUAAAACCAAUACGCACACGCGCGCACACACCACACACACACACACACACACACACACACACACACACACACACACACACACACACACACACACACACACAAACACAGAGCGCGGCUAUGGCAAUAUGUACUUAAUCACAUCAGUCAUAAUUGAGAUUGCAAUCAUUGCGCAUAUAUUACGAGUCAGAUACACACAAAGAAUGUUGGUAAUCCCUAUACAGUAAUAGACCAGGAAGGAACACGUUAAUCAGCGAUCUCUAAGUUCGUGUUAAUUAAUAAUUUAUCGAAAUUGAAUUUAUCUGAUUGUAUUCAUAAUACGAAUAUCAACUUUAUUCAAAUUUCUAUUGGUCAUACACAGUCAAUGUCAAUGUCAUUGCUGUUGACAUGAGGCCAAUUAGAGCCGUGACAAUAAAUCAUCUUAAGGUCUCCUUUUCAAGUAAUGAACGACAUAAUACUAUUUGAAUUAACACACUCGAAAGGUGAAUUAAUAUCAGGUGGUCCUAUGAUAUGACGUUAACCUUUGACAGUUCCAUCGUGUUGAUGGCAACUUCAGCUCAAUGAAGGUUUCCAAUAUUAGUUAAUAGUCUUGUUGACAUUUGAUUCACGGUCAUCGUCGUGGAAUGUACAUGAUUUGCUCAACGUGAAUUUUUUAUGUCUCAUGUAUUAUAUUGUCAAUUAUUAUUGACGUUUUGAAAUGAUAUCUUCAUUGGUAUUGUUUCUCAAACAUUAAUGUAAUAUCAUAGCAUUUUGUGAUAUGUGCAAAAGACGCAAGAUUGUGCAGCCAUCUUUUAUGUUCAUGUAAUUGACCUUAUUAUUUAUUGUACAUAAUAUAUGUUAUGACGACGAAAGCAAUAAAGCUUCAAGUUGUAA